AAAUGUAUUUUCCCGUAGAUUAUGUGGAAUUAAUCAAAUAAGUGCAAAAUUAUGUCGCCUUGUGUCAACACAUCCAAUUCUUGUGAAACCCAACUGUCUUUACUUUUCAAAACCUUCCGCAAAAAAAUCCGUGAAUCAUGAUCAAAAAUAGACAAACAGUCUAAUAAUCAGGUUUACUCUUCAAAAACACCGCUCAAUUGUGUCACACCGAUCAAAGCCACCGCUUUCGUGUAAUAUUCGAAAACUCCUCGAGUUGUUUUUGAUCUCGCCGACUUUAUUGCCCGAUAUCGCUAUUUGAACAGUAGCUCUCCUAUCGAUCAGAUAUCCCAAUUCCUUCACCCUGCACCAACCCUGCGCAAGUCCACCACCAGCGAAUAGCACACCUCCCAUUUAAUCACAGAGGCGGGCCCACCAGACCCCCACUUUCUACCCCGCUGGACACCGAACCGAUCAGUUCUUCACCGAGUGUUGCAGUGGCAGUGACAAAAAUGAACAUUAAUCCCGCUUACGACGCCUACCAGAUGCCCAAGACCGGCUUUGUCCGGCAAGUCAAACAGGAGGCUGACAGUACUUCGCCCCUUUUGACGCCCCCACACAACCCCGCCUAUUCGCCGCCCCCGAGCUACUGCGAUCCGUGGUACAACCCUUAUUACUACCAGUAUUUGCAAAAUGCGGCCCUGUAUCACAAGUUGCAAUUCAGGGGGCCCCCAAGGACCCCCCUUCAGCCUAAAUUAGUGGCUGGGAAGCUCAAACCCAAGCGACAAUUCAUCUGCAAGUAUUGUAAUCGACAAUUCACUAAAAGCUACAACUUGUUGAUCCAUGAGAGGACACAUACGGACGAAAGGCCCUACUCGUGUGACAUCUGUGGGAAGGCGUUCCGGCGUCAAGACCAUCUGAGGGACCACAGGUACAUCCACAGCAAGGAGAAGCCGUUCAAGUGCACGGAGUGCGGCAAGGGCUUCUGCCAGAGCCGGACUUUGGCGGUGCACAAAAUCCUCCACAUGGAGGAAUCCCCGCACAAGUGCCCCGUGUGCUCGCGCUCGUUCAACCAGCGCUCCAAUCUCAAGACGCACUUGUUGACCCACACCGAGCGCCCCCUUGAGUGCACCCUCUGUGCGCAGUUUUUCGCCAGCUACUCCGAUCUCAAGACGCACGAGGCGCGCCAUUGCCCCAAGGUGGAGGAAGUCGUCCAGCCCACGACGUGCCUCGAUUUGACCAAGAAAAGUGCAAGUCCCAAAGUCAAGCUGGGGUUCAGUAUCGAGGACAUUAUGAAGCGAUAAAUGGAUUGCGCGUUUGUUCAGCCAAAGAUGACGCUACCUCUGAUUUUCGAUGAGACUGAGGACGAGUUACCGUGUUGUUGUUGUACAUAGCUUUGUGUAAAUAAAUAUUUAUUUCCUUGAUUGAG